AUGAAUAUAUAUAUGUUUAGCUUGUAUCUAAUAUGCUGGGUGUAUUACUCUGGUUUGCUGGGUUGUUUUAUCUACUAGAGAAUACAGGAGACUGGUAUCAUGAAUAUGCAAAUGCCCGAGAGCCAGGCAAUCUCAGAUACUGGGAUACUGUAUACUGGUUGGUUAUAACUGCAUCGACUAUUGGCUAUGGAGAUUACUACCCUGUAACUGAUUUAGGAAAAAUAACAAUGGUGUUAUACCUCUCAGGUGCAAUUGCCUCCUUUGCUAGUAAUCUACCUGAGAUAGCGGAAUUGGUUGGAAACCAACCUAAAUAUGCUGGAGCAUUCGAGCAGAUGAACAACCAGCGGCAGUUUAUCGUUGUCUGUGGGAAUAUCAACUACGACAGUGUUAAAAAUUUUCUAAAAGAUUUUUUUCAUCCAGCCAGGGAGGAUGUAAACUGUGAAAUAGUAUUCUUGAACAAGAAUGAACCGGAUCUGGAAUUUGAGGGACUUCUUAAAAGGGAGAAAACCAGGGUAACAUAUUUCCAGGGAACUAUGUUGAACCCCUAUGACCUGCAACGUGUUGCUGUUGACCGCGCUUCUGCGGUUCUUGUUUUAUGUAAUAAAUUCUCACCCGAUCCAACUUGGGAAGACGCAGCUAAUAUUAUGCGGGUGAUAUCUUUGAAGAAUUAUUGUGAAAAUACCCGGGUCAUAAUACAGCUUCUGCAUUAUUCAAGCAAGGCGUUCUUGUUAAAUAUCCCUGGUUGGGAUUGGAGGCGAGAUGAUCAAGCAGUUUGCUUGAACGAAGUCAAAUUUGGCCUUCUUGCACAGUCCUGUCUAGCCCCAGGAUUCUUUACUCUGGCUUCAAAUAUUAUCAUGACGACCGGACAUCUCAGAGCACAACCGGAAAUGGCCAGGUACUGUUAUUGCGCUAGUUUUUAUAAAAAAAAUUCUUUUUUUCAGGAGGUUGCUGAGAUUUGUUUUACUCGUCUUAAUCUGAUCUUGAUAGCAGUAGAACAGAGAAAAUAUGAAGGAGGCCAGAUCUUUAUCAAUCCAAGGAAUAAAAGAAUUACAGCGAAUGCAAUUGGAUUAUUUCUGACAGACAGCAGUGACUCAGCUAAGAGAGCUUGGUUUUAUUGCAGGGUGUGUCAUGAAAAUAUGACAAAGAUGGCUGAUAUCAAGAAAUGUUCCUGCAAGAAGCUGGCCAAAGCAAGAUAUGAAUACCAUGUCGCUGGAAAGGAUAAAAACAGAUCAAAUGGAUUAAAACAUCAAGUGUUAUUAAAAGAAGAAAGUUAUACGAGUUCCAGUACUAAUAUAAUUAGGAGAAGAAAAUUAGAUGUAGAGGAAAACCAGGAGACACGAGCUGAAACUGCAAAGAUGAUGUAUGAUUCUACUGGAUGUUUCCAUUGGUGCACUAGUAGAACUAUUGAAGAGUGUAUUCUCACCAGACAAGAGGCGACUGUGACAAUGUUUGCUGGGCAUAUAGUGAUAGCAAUAUUUUCUGAUGAAACCAGCCCCCUCCUAGGACUUAGAAACCUUGUGAUGCCUCUACGAGCCUCAAAUAUUGCUUACAAUGACCUGAGACAUAUCAUCAUUAUAGGAAAACUUAAUUAUGUCAAGAGAGAAUGGUACCUGCUGCGGAAUCUACCGAAGAUCUCAGUUCUUGAUGGAGAUCCCUUGAGUCGAGCAGACCUGAGAGCUGUUAAAAUCAACCUGUCCAGAACCUGUAUUGUACUCUCAGCUAAGACCCCUGAGAAGAGUGAACCUGUUCUAGCAGAUAAAGAAAUUAUAAUGUCAGCACUUAACAUGAAGAAUAUGAACUUUGGAGCAGAUUUUGUCAAGAUGGAUGAGGAGGGGGAGGAGGAGGAGGAGGAGGACCAGCAUGGUACAGGAGAUAUUAACAUGUCAUCCAUACCUAUCCUCUUAGAUCUUGCUUUUGCAAAUAAUGUGAGAUAUCUAGAUGAUCAUGAAAUGUACAUGUCUGAUGUUGAACUGUACAAGACCCUACCGUUUGCCUCUGGUAUGGCAAUGGCUCGAGGUAUUCUGGAUUCCCUGAUGGCUGCCACCUAUUUCAAUGCAUCAGCCCUGAGAUUGCUCCGGCAGUGGGUGACUGGAGGAGCAAAUAUAGACCUGGAGAAGAGUCUAGCCGAGGGGGCGGGGCUAAGGGGUGGGUAUAGCACACCAGCUACUCUGGCUAGCAGGGAUAGAGUUAGGGUAGAGGAGAUUGUACUCAAGGAAAGUCAGUGGGCCAGGUAUGCAGAAUACGGAUCAAGAUUUGGAGAUUUGUACGCUGCUGCUCUUAGAGAAAAUGGAACACAAUGCUUAGCAAUAUACAGAUUAGUAGAAGAAGAUCUGGAUGGGGACAACGAUAUAGAUUCGAUUCGGGUAACGUUGGGAGCCCCUGACAACUCAGCCUUGCUUCAACCAGAUGACCAUAUCAUUGCGCUAGUUCAGUUUGAAGACGACAAGGAGAAAGUUGAAUAAAUCAGCUGGAUUCAGUUUGAAGGGUUUAAAGAUCCAACAUGGUGGAUUCAAAAGAUCCAACAUGGUAGAUUUAAUGAUCCAACAUGGCGGAUUCAAAUAAUCAAACUUGGCGGAUUUAAAGAUCCAACAUGGUAGAUUCAAUGAGCCAACAUGGCGGAUUCAAAUAAUCAAACUUGGCGGAUUCAAAGAUCCGAAAUAGUUGAUUCAAAGAUCCAACAU